AUGCAAGGGCAGACGCUGACGCAGCGCAGCACGUGCCGUGGGCCAAGCAAGCGGGUGCUGACCAAUCAUCGCGUGCCGCGUGGAGUGCGAGCCGCAGUAGCAACUGGUCACGCGAAGGUGGCCAAGGCAAAUGGCGCGGCGAUUCUUCACCGGGUGGAAGAGCUCCCGGACGGCACGGUGGUGCUGCGGUUCGCUGCGGCCGGCACGGGCGGCAUGGCCGGCAGCCACGUGGAGGUGGAGCGGAACGUGGUGGAGUUCCUGCAGGAGUGCACGACGACGUACUGCCGUCUCAUCGAUAACGACACGAUUGACCAGAUCGUGGGCACCCACGUGCCUCUCCAACCAGCCCAGCAGCUAACCCAUCUGGUAACCACCACUGCCCACAACACCGUAUCUGCACUCAAGGAGACUCUGUCCGGCCACACCCAUCAGCACCACCACGCACCUGCCACAAUCGGCCAUGCCUCCGCCCGGGAAACACAGCUUACCACUCUGAAAAGCACUCCUGCACCAGCAGCAGUUGCUGCUCUUUCAGCAGCAUCACCGAGAUCAGCAGCAGCAGCAGCAGAGGAUGAGAGUUCGAGAGCGAUCCAGCUUGCGCCUUCUGCUGCUAAGGCGGUUGCGCCUGUUGUGCUUGUAGCAGCAGCGGCAGCAGUAGUGCAAGUGGCCAAGGCCAUGGGUCUGCUGGGGAAGCUACCAGAAAACGCUCUCAAGGCGUUUGCACAGUGGAGCUGGCCUGCUGCAGCUGUGAUUGUAGCGGUGGCUGCAGGAUUGAUUGUAUGGAGCGGUCUCAAUGGGAGGCAAUCAUCAGGCAAGACGUUACAGCUAACCUCAACUUAA